GAGAAAGCGCCACCACACGAACGGCAUGCUGGGACAGAGCAGCUGGCCCAAAACUGUAACAUAUGAUACGGCAAGACUUUUAAUACUUUUACAAUUUUGGGAUUAUUUUAUCCAGGGGAGGUUUUGGCUUUCAGUCCGAACAAGGAAUAUACGGAGUUAACGGCACACCGGAAUGUGAAGGUAUCUUUGUAAAGGGAGGAAACUCCUUGUUCAAAUGCCACCUACGACAUGCUAGCGCUGCCCAAGCUAGCUAGCUCUCGCUAACUCGGACAGCUGGCUAGCUUCAUGUCCGCGUUGUUUUCCACCAAACCUCCGAAUUUAUCCUCCUUCUGAAUAAAUUUGGAAAUCCAUCCUUAGUCAGCUGUGAGGAUGGGAGUAAAGACCUUCACCCACAACUCCCCAAGUCACAGCCAGGAGCUACUGGACAAGCUCAACGCCUUGCGUGGUGAAGGCCAUUUCUGUGAUGUUACCAUCCGUGUCCAAGGCCAGCUCUUCUCUGCCCACAAGGUAGUGCUGGCCUGCUGCAGUGACUUCCUGAAGGCCAAGCUUUCAGGUAAGCUCAGUGAGGAAGAGGCUGGGGCUGAGGAUGAUAAACCUGUGCUGGACCUUCAUCAUGUGACAGUGGCUGGCUUUGCUCCCCUGCUGGAGUAUGCCUACACCUCCACGCUUUCCAUUAGCACAGAGAACAUCAUCGAUGUGCUUGCUGCAGCCAGCUACAUGCAGAUGUUUGCAGUGGCCAACACAUGUUCCGAAUUCAUGAAGUCAAGCAUCCUGUGGAAUGCUUCUUCAUCUGCUGGGGCUGCUAGCAGUGCUGCAUCUGCAAGUCUCCAUCGCCCACAGGAGGCCCCAGAAGGCGCAACAGGCUGCACCCUUGCACCUCUGGAUGCCCUCUCGCCUUCCCCUGUGUCAUCAGAGUGCAGCGUGGCAGAGCGACCGAUCCCUGUCUGCCGUGAGUCACGCCGUAAGCGCAAAGGUUUUGCAAGCCCACAGCCAACCUCUUCUUCCUCUCCACAAGUCCCCAACCCCUCACCUUCCUCAUCCUCAUUCCCUGAGAGUUCUGCACAGACCCUUGAGCCAUCCCUGGCCUUUUCCUGGACCUACCCCUUUGGCGUGGAUCGCCGCUUCGCGUCUGAGAAGGCCAAGCUACCUGAAGGGCUGCUGGAGUCUGCUGGUGCGUCCGGACAAGACCCAAGUGGUCGGGCACUGGUGGAGUACCUCUCAUGCGAGGGCCCUCGUGGGAUGGGUGUAGGUGGAGCAGCCGUGGUAGAAGAGGAAGAGGAGGAUGUGCAAGUGAAGGUGGAAAGGUUGAGUGAUGAAGAAGUACACGAAGAGGCCUCCCAGCCAGUCAGCGCCUCCCACAGCUCCCUUAGUGACCAGCAGACUGUUCCAGGCAGCGAGCAUGCUCAGGAGGAUCUGCUCAUCAGCCCCCAGUCUUCAUCUAUAGGCUCCAUGGAUGAGGGGGUGACUGAGGGUCUUCAGUCCAUCCAGGGCACUCCAAACACCACCGGCCACAUGGAGGAAGACGAUCGGCUGGAAAAUGUCCAGUACCCAUACCACUUGUAUAUCAGCCCCUCUGCACGGCCCGGUCUCAAUGGGCCUGAGCGCCCCUUCCAGUGCCCCACAUGUGGGGUCCGCUUCACCCGAAUCCAGAACCUCAAGCAGCAUAUGCUCAUCCACUCUGGCAUUAAGCCAUUCCAGUGCGACCGCUGUGGGAAAAAGUUCACGCGAGCCUACUCCCUAAAGAUGCACCGGCUGAAGCAUGAAGGUAAACGCUGUUUCCGGUGCCAGAUCUGUAGCGCCACAUUCACUUCCUUCGGUGAAUAUAAGCACCAUAUGAGGGUGUCCCGCCACAUCAUCCGCAAGCCUCGGAUUUACGAGUGCAAAACAUGCGGCGCCAUGUUUACCAACUCCGGCAAUUUAAUCGUACACCUGAGGAGUCUCAACCAUGAGGCGUCAGAGCUAGCAAACUACUUCCAGACCAGUGAGUUCCUCCUCCCAGACUACCUGAGCCACAUGCAGGAGGAGGAGGAGAGUCUGGCCCACUUCGAAAUGACCGAGCAGGCCUUUGAAACUGCGGCCAACACCGCCACCUCUUCCUCCUCCUCUUCCUCAGUCCAAACGCCCGUCAUCUCCCAGGUCUCCUCCACAAUGAACUACGACCCCCAUCCCCCAGCGCCCCCGGCCCACAACCCAGGCUCCAGAGCGGCACAGGGGGGAGAGGCAGGGGGUGAGGGGACACCUGCGGAGCAACCCAAGAAUGCCAUUGCUGUCACCUCUCUACCCGAGCCCGAGGAAGGCGAGAGAGAGAAAGAAGAGGAGGGACGAAAGCAGAAGAAAGCACUUGUGUCCAUUACAAUCGAGUGAGGGGAUGUUCCUGUUUUUUUUAUUAUUUUUUUUACAUUUAUUUCGGUUUGGGUGUUUUGCAGUUUGUGGCCUGAGUCAGGAUAAUGCAACAAGAAAAAUGAAAAAAUUAACACUGGUCUCAAUGUGUGGAGUGCAGUUCGGAAUACUCUUGUUUUGGACACUUUAUAUCUAAUGUUUUGGAAGCUUCAUGUUCAGUUGUGAACCAUCUACAGAGAAAUGUGAAUGUUUUUCUUUCACGUUGGUUACAAACGUUUUCAAAAGACAUUUGUUCUGAGGUUCAGAGUAAACUUGAAAAGUUUUAAGGCUAGACGUCCUGUUUUAACACUUCAGUAAUUUAAUUUUUCCAUUGGUUUUCCCUGUUAUAUUUUCACACACACAUCUAUCUAUCUAUCUAUCAAUCUAUAUAUAUAUAUAUAUAUAUAUAUAUAUAUAUAUAUAUAUUACACACACACACACAAGGACCUUCUAUAAGGUCAUAAGAGGAAUCAAAAGGUGCUUGGAAGCUGUGAGAUGAUGAACCACGCCUACUGAGGCACCACCUUAGCCUUAUUCAGUCAAAUUGGAUCUUACUGGGUGAUGAGUGAAUGAGCAAGUUGAUCCGUCUAGGUUUUUGUCUUGCCUCCUCUUCUCUUCUGCUCCUAUAACGCGAGUUUUGUUGAGUCUUGCACAGUGGAGCGCCUUAACCGUAGCAAGUUGCUCUGCUUGGCCUACAACCCAAAACAAGAGGACUUCUGACAGAGGUUCUUGGAAAUGUGAAAAGCUACUACUUCAUCUGCAUUCUUUUGCAGAAACAGAAAUCCAAGUGGGAGUGCAGUAUGAUGUGUUGUAUGGUCACUACUAAACCCUUUUUGGUAAAGCAACCUCAGAUUCCUUAUAAGGAAUCCUAUGCUAAUCCUGUUUCCUUUUUAAAAAGCAGUGAAUUUUCAUAAUUUGAUGGUGUUUACGAUAGUAGCCUUUGGAGCAAUGCAUUUGGGGAGCGGAGUAGAAAAGUUAACCCCUUAAACUGCAGCGUAUUUAGUAAAUCCAUAAAGUUUAUUAUAAGUUUGGGCAGCUCUGUUGAUUUUUGAAGUGAAACAGAGUAAACACAAACUUAGCAAAAAAUUAUUUAGAAAAUAACUUUUUUGUUUUGGUUUUGGGUUUUUUUUUUUGCAAAUGUUUAUGCACUUUUUAUAUUAGAUUAACUUAUAGAAAAGAAUUGGUAAUUGACAUGCAAAGGCUGGACACCCUGCUGAGCUAUUACUUGGUAGAUGUCACAGCUUGCAUAUUUUUUUGUAGCCAGCCAGUAGUCUUUCUGUUGUGAUUUUUCUUUUCACUUCUAGUUCUGUGAUUAUGUUUGGGCCACCUUGCAUAAACAGCAUGUUUAACAUUUACCCACAGAUUUUCAAGAUUUUUAUUUUUUUGGAUUAUUGUCCUGUCUUAGAGGCUGAACUCCUUUCAGCAUCAGUUUGUUAACAGUCUGUGUUACAUUUGCUUACAAAAUCUAAGGGUUUGGAUAUAAUUGAAUCUGCUAUUCCAUGUACCUGUGCAGUGUUUGCUGUACCACUGGCUCAAGAUCCACACCCAUGCUUAACAAUUAGCAAGGUGUUCUUUUCAUCAAAUGCUGCUCCUUUUCUUUUAAGACGUAUGUCUUUGAUGAUUGUGACCAGAGAGUUCCAUUCUUUCUCUGUCUAGAUGUUGUUCUAGAAACGUUGACUUUUGUGACUGCAGGUCACUGGAAGGUUUCCUUCAUAUGACUCUUCCAUGCAAAUCAUGUUUGAGCAAGCAAUGCCGCACAGCAGAACGCUGUACCGCCAGUCCUGUGUCAGCCAAACCUUCCUGCAGGUGUCAUAUGAGGUUUUGCUUUGACUCUCUGGCCAGCAUACAAGCAGUUUCCUCCGAGAGUUUUCUUGGUCUUGCAGAUUUUAUCUUGGCUUCCCUUAACUGUCAUUUCCUAAUGACAUUUCAGACACUGGAAACUCUGAGUUGAAAGCUUUUUAUAGCCUUCGUUAGUAGAGGAAGGUCUUCAUCUGGCUGCUUAAGAGGAGCCCAUGGUUGUAGAUUGUUAUAUCAAGAUUUGAAAAAUCAGAGAAUUUAACAAUCUGUAAUUGUUCUUAGCUUACCGUUUCUGUUCUGACCGGUCAGUAACAUUUUUGCAUUUGCUAUAAUUAAUAUUUUGUAUUAACAUUGCUAAAUAAUUUUUACUUUUUAAAGGUUGUCUUUUAUUUCUUUUCACUUCAAAUAUCAACAAUAGGUUUAUUGCUUAUAUAGGUGCAUAACCUUUGCACAGAGUGUAACAGUUGUGCAGAGUAUAGCAACAGCCAGUAUUGUUUGUUGUUAAAUCAUACAUUCAAGUUAUCAGUUUGAUGAUAAUAAUUGUAGCCUAUAAUUCUACCUAACAAUGUAGUACCCUUUUUUUUAGCUAGUAGGCAAUAAUGCACAUGUAUUUACUAGCUCUGGAUGAUUUUAUACUUUCCAGCUCCUCAAAUGGAGCUUAGUGAAUAACCUCCACUUCACACACAGGUGAUCAGAAGUUAGAUUCCCCUCAUACACAAAAACAGGAAAGCUACUGAUGUACCAAUAAGAGUAUACACACACACAGAAAGCUAUAUUGCUUUUUGUAGUUACAAAUUACAUGUAUAUGAAGUAGACUUUAUUUGUUUAAAUAAGUCUUACAGCUCAGCAGAUUAACAGGCUCCUCCAGUAAUAUUCACGGUUAAGCACGGGUGGAGCAAAUAUCAGUGCAGUUCUAAUGUGACGUGGUUUUAUUCAAUUUAGAUGAAUGGCUAACACUUGCUAGUAAACAGUUUUGUUUUUGUUUUGUUUUUUUGCUACUCUGAGUAACUAGCGAUAUUCCUUUGACUGAAAAAACAGCCUUUUUCGCUUUUUCGUUUGGUUUUUUAGUAAGAUAUCAUGGCUCAUGCUUCCAAGGUUAACGAAUUUGUGGAGUUAUUCUAGAUAAAUUCAUUGCAAAGCAAAAUAAACCAUUUCCUAAAGCAAAUUGCCAUGUGCCUUUACCAUUUUAAGUGAUUUGACUUUUUCACCAAACGUUACACUUUCCUUGGUGAUCGCGGCUUGAAGUUUUACAGAUGAAUUCACAAAGUUAGUCUGCAGUCUAGGUGGCCUCCAUUUCUAGGCCGCUACAUCAUCAAAUGCCGUUCCAGUCAGAAGGUUUAUUUAAGUACAGCUGACAAUUGCAGCCUAUAUUUUGGCAGUUUCCAAAGAUGCCAUGACUAAAUUCUAGAGAAGGAUUUAGAGUCAGCGCAUUAGAUGAAAUGACUACGUCUCUGAAUGUAGGCUGUCAAUUCAGUGUCUGUUUAAGCUUGAAGUCAAGCAAACCAAUUAAGCAGUUGCUCAGUUGUCAAAAUAAUUGGAGGGUUACUCAAUUACUUAUAUUAUCAGCAGUGACAGCCAGGUCUCAACGCUGCGUUCAUCUAUGACUGCAUCUCUGGACGUCCACAAAUUGUGUGAAAUAUGACCAAUAAUAAUGUGUUUUUGUGUAAUAGUUGUCAUGUCCACUUUACCUACAUAAUCAUGUAAAUGAAUCAACAAUCUAAACACACUGCUGCACUUCAUAUAAGGAUUAUAGUGUGAACUUGUUUUACAGGGCAAACCAAAUUGUCCAGUAUUGAUAUAUGUAUCUGAUCUCACUAAGGCGUUAUCAAUUAUGCUAUCAGCCUAACUACUAUAAAUGAAUUGGGAACCUCUAUGAAGCUAAUACGUAAGCUAUGUAGUUCUGACAGUAAGGAUCUGAUGUUUGGACCCACAGGCAGACCUUUAGGGUUUAAGGAGUUAAUGGAUUAAUCUGCCCCCUCUUUUAUUCUUGCUGUAUAUAUUGUGCUGCUAGAGUUUGUCAGCUGUGCCUCAUGUUCGUUUUCAAGAAUGGCACCUCAGCUUAACCUCAAAAUUUAAUCUGAAACCGUUUCGCUGAGUAGGAGCAACAAAUCAUGGCAGAGGUUUUUAAAAGAAUAAUAUGAAGAUGAUGUCAUGUCCCGUGAAGCCAGACGUGAUCUUGUAAUGGGGACUUCUGGUGCUUUGUUGGAGAAGGGUCUGUACCGCACUCAGACCUAGGCUGUUAGUAUGUCAGCAGUCAUACCUUGCAUUUUAUUGCAUGGAGGAUAUGGAGGGUUAUGUUUAACAUUCUCCUCAAAUGCUGUGGCGGAAUCUCAAAUGAGUUCCUACUUCCUGCGUAGUGACUGCAUAAGGGUUAGACAGGGAGUAAUGGAGCAAAUGGCUGAACAUAAAUGGCUUUCUGUUCAACAUAAAAUGCACUGUUCUAUAACCUAAAUAGUGCUAAGUAGUGCAAAGGGAGUAGAAAGCAUUUUGAGAUUUCAGCCUCUGUUAUCAUGAUAGAAGUGUGUGGCGUGGUCAAGCAUUGACUAGAGCAGUCGAGCUGUGUGAAUGAGAGACUGGCUAUUUCGUAAUAAUUUACACCUAUGCAUGACGGCAGCCUACACAACCAAAUAUACUUAAAAAUGGAAAAAAACUAAUACAAAAUGUUUUCCUGUUAAAAAUGGUUCCUCAUUUAAUAAGAGUUGGGCAGUAAAUGUUCAAUCCACUAUUUACUCCUUUACUCAUUAGGGCUGAAAGUGUGCGGUCUAAAGUUGCUGUGCUGCAGUUCUGCAGUUGGAUACUACUCCUGAAUUGCAGCACAAACAAGGGAACGCUCCCAUUAAAACACCCUAAAAUAUUUCUAGUCCAAAGUACAAUUGAUAAAACAAGCAAAACAAGCUAGCUAGAAUUUUGGGUAGGCCUUUCAGCUGUGUUAACUUGUUACAUCCAUGAUCUAACAACCAUUGUCGUUCAUUGGACAAUGUUGACGAGCACAAUGUCGUCCCCUAUUUUGAGCUCUGCCUUUAUGAGGUGAUGGACUGGUUUAGAAUUUUCGCACUCUAUUUGUUACCACCUUAAUAAGUCUGCUUCCCCACCCACAUUUAACCCAGAAAUUCUCAUGGUUGCCCCCAGACAUUCUCACCUGGCCUUGUUUUCGUAAUCAUUUCCCAUCUUUGGUCAGUACACUAUGGAAUUGUUCUCUUAUUAUUUAGUGCCAUACUAGUUUGCAUCUCAAGAGUUUUCCAAUGCAAUUUGUGAUGCCGUAGCACAAUAUGAGGUGGUUAAAGAAAUGCUGGAAAUUGUCAAAUGUGUAUAACAGCUCUUGCUCAGUCUGGUCAUUUAACAAACACACUGUUUGAUUCAGAACAUGAGGUUUUUUGUUUUUUUUUCUUGUUGUAUUUGACAUUGCACAGGGCAAUCAUUUGGCCAAAAGCUGCUCCAUUCCAAUGUGAUGUUUUCAAGUAAACCAUUUUUUUUCUCUUUUUUUUUUUUCUGUAUGUGAUGUUGUGCAAUAUCCAACUUUGUGAGACGACACCCUUGUUUUUCAGAACUUGGCUAAAGAAUGUGAAAAGCAUUUUAUACAUAUAUAUACACAUAUAAUUGCAAAGGACAAUGAACAAUCCAACUGAUAAUCAGCAGGAGGAGGAUGUUUAGCGCAAUCAGAUUGGCCCACCUGCUGAAGGACCUUGUGAAAACCUCUCAAAAGCCCUUUGAACAUCAAUCCCAAUGCAGCUCUGCGGUCAAAGCCAGCAAGGAAGAACCGCAAUAUAGAGAAAGAAAACAAAAGACGGGAUGGGAUAUUGGCAUGUGACGUCAUUGUUCAUUUUUUGAUUCAGUGUAUGUACUACACACACCUCCUGACUGCUGCGGUCAACUGAAAUCCCCACUGUCUCGUAGUCUGAGAGGGUUUGCGCUUUUUUCCACGACACAAUAUUGCCUUUCAUCCCAGCCUCCUUUCUGUGGUACCUGCAUGUUAUCCCGAGUACAAAAGAAAUCAGAGCAAAAAUCAAUAUAGCAUGGGUUGAUUUUAUUUGUUGGAUGUUGUUUCAGAUGUGUGUGGAACUACGGUUUUUAUGUACACCUAUUCAAUCUUCUGUGUCUGAUGUUUCAACCGAGCGAAAAAUUGGUGUUUUGAUGGUCAUGACGCUUUUUUCUGAUCCUGCAUUAUUACUAUUAGUCACCUUACAGUGAGAAUUUUGUACAUUUCUUAUACCGACGUGAGUGUGAGUUGUUAUUUGACUUGAGCCUUGUAGUGUCCGCUUUUGUGACAAUGUCUUAAUGGUGUUUACUCUGAUUUUUUUUUUUUUUGUUGUUGUUUUUUUUAUUCGUAUUUUAGUUUUAUUCGUAUCUUGUGCCUUUGUAUAUUGAAUCUGUAGUAUAUUUUAAUGGUUGAAAAAAUAGAUACAUUGAUAUGGAUUCAUACCAUUUUGUAGACAGAAUGCUGGUAGACUUCUAAUGUAGCUAGUAACCUAAAAUAUUUUUGGAAGUGCUAUACUAUGGGUUUAAUAUGUGUGCUUGUUGUUUAUUUUGAUAAAUGACAAAAUGUACCUUUAUUGUUUUGUAUCUUCUCAGUGGUCCUUAUUAUGCCAAUGCAGAUUUGCUGAAUGAUGUUUUGUAAAGACGACAAGAAGUUACGAUUGAAAGUAAAUGGUUACAGCCUAACACUCCAAA